CAGCCCUCUGCAGUGACCCCCUGCACAGAAAAGGAUGCUGGGAAAUAAUGAACAUUUUUAUCCUGACCAGGAUGACAAAGAUGAGGAGGAUGAGGAGGAGGAAGAAGAGCAAAGAAGAGAAAGGCGACUAGACGACGGUCAACGUGACAGGGAGAACGGAGGAGUGGAGGAUUUGGGAGAGGAGGAAAUGACCUCAGUACGACAAUCCUGGGAGGUUAAAGGUGGCGAGGUGGUGAAACCCGCAGUCUUUGCGUUUGGCAGACAGAGAGCAGAGAGGCCCCUGAGACCGGGGAACCUGGAGAACCGGGGCGCCCCUCACAUGUCCAGUCAGGCCCCACAACAUCGCCACGCUGCCAACAAGCAGCAGCAUCUGAUAGCAGCAAAGAGACGAGCUCUCAUGGAGCGCAGCAUGACGGCCAUGGCUCCACUCGAGGACACUUUCCUGACCAUGAUGGUGUUCCGCAUCGGAAUCCCCGACAUCAAACAGACCAGGUGUCUCCAGUUCGACCAGGACUGCACGGUGUGGAGUGCGAAGCAGCAGGUCAUCUUCUCGCUCGGUGAGUCUUUGUGGGACGUUCACAACUACGGCCUCUUCCAGCCUGCUGGAGAAGGACGAGACGCCAAGUUCCUGGAGGAGGAGAGGCCCCUGCGGGACUACGCACAGACCUUUGAGAAGGGCGUGCCCUACCUUGAGUUUAGGUAUAAAACCAGAGUUUAUAAACAAACCAAUCUGGAUGAAAAAGCUCUGGCUAAACUCUGCACGAAGGCCAGUCAGAAGAAGUUUCUGGAAUACGUUCAGACCGGAGCGAUGGAGAAAAUGGCCAAAGUCCUCGAAAAAGGUCUGGAUCCAAAUUUUCAAGACCCAGACAGUGGAGAGAGCCCGCUCUCUGUGGCCACGCAGUCCGGCCUGUCGGUAGAGGGCAUCAGGCUGCUGGUUCUGGGUGGCACUCACUUGGACUUCAGGAGCAGAGACGGCAUGACGGCGCUGCACAAAGCUGUCAGAGCUCACAAUCACACCGGGCUGCUGACUCUUUUAUCUCUCGGAGCGUCUCCAGACUACAAGGACCGCUGUGGCCUGACCCCGCUGUACCACACUGUGCUGACAGGGGGCGACACUUCCUGCUGUGAGACUUUGCUGUACUAUAGGGCAAAGCUGGGGACGAGGGAUGAGAAUGGCUGGGACGAGAGUCACCAGGCUUGUCAGAACGGCCUUGCACAACACUUGGAGCACCUGCUGUUUUAUGGAGCGGACACGGCUUCUCAGAAUGCCUCGGGGAACACGGCGCUUCACAUCUCGGCCCUGUACAACAAGGAAAGCUGCGUUCGUGUUCUUCUGUACAGGGGAGCAAAUAAGGAGGCAAAGAAUAAACAUGGUCAGACACCUUUUCAGGUAGCUGUAAUGUCUGGUCACUUUGAACUUGGGGAGAUCAUCAAAAACCACAAAGAUUUGGACGUAGUUCCCUUCUUGGAAUCGCCAAAGCUCGUUCCCAGGCGAAGGGAGAGCCACACUCUGCCUCUUGCCCUGCUUCAGUCCCACCCUCUGCUGCGUGCUAACAGUGAUAACACCAUGACCCAGUCUGACCCGAUAGCCCUCCCCAACAAAUCUGCCACCAACCCCAACCCUGGACAGGGUCAACGCCGGGCCUCCAUAGGCGUCCGCAGCUCCAGCAGUCCCAGAACUCGCACACGUUCCCCUUCCAGAGGGAGGGGGGGCCAAAGUGAUACAGAGGAGAGACAACGGCAGCCAAGAGGCAGACAGGGCACAACCUCAGCAGGCAGCAGUGGGGGCCAGAUGAAGCGGAUGUACAGCGCGGUGCCGGGGCGGGUGUAUAUGGCCACUCGGGCCCAUUCUGCCAGUGGAGACAAGGAGCUCUCACUUAACAAGGGAGACAAAGUUAAAGUGUUAAGCAUCGGAGAGGGGGGAUACUGGGAGGGAACUGUGAAAGGACGCACCGGAUGGUUCCCUUCAGACUGUGUGCAAGAGGUGCCAGCGCCCAGCAAGGAAAAAGAGACGCGAAGUGAGAAAGCCAAAAGGAAGCUGUUCCGUAAUGUCACCGUCGGAGCUUACGACGGCACCGACGGCCCCAGUGACUACAUCAUUAAGGAGAAGACAGUGCUCCUACAGAAGAAAGACAAUGAAGGCUUUGGCUUUGUUCUCAGAGGAGCCAAAGCUCAAACUCCCAUAGAGGAGUUCACUCCGACGCCGGCCUUCCCUGCGCUGCAGUACCUGGAGUCUGUGGAUGAAGGGGGCGUGGCAUGGAGAGCAGGCCUUAGGAUGGGGGAUUUCCUCAUUGAGGUGAACGGACAGAAUGUUGUAAAGGUUGGUCAUCGGCAGGUGGUCAACAUGAUUCGGCAGGGUGGCAACAGUCUCAUGGUGAAAGUUGUGAUGGUUGCCCGUAACCCUGAACUUGAGGACACUGCUCGGAAGAGAGCUCCGCAGCAGACUAAAAGACUGACUCCUCCUGCCAUCACCCUGCGCUCCAAGUCAAUGACAUCAGAGCUGGAAGACAUGGUGGACAAAGCAGCUGCCUCACCGUGGAAAAAGAAAGCAGAUUACGAGUCCUCUCAGGGUCCUGAUAAGAAGAGGACAGUUUAUCAGAUGGCGUUAAACAAACUGGAUGAAAUUUUGGCUGCUGCUCAACACACUAUUAUAUCAGACAACCAGGGCCAGAGAGGUCAUGGAGGCAAGAGAGAUCGAAGCAAGAGUACUGUUCCCAACAGCUCCAAUGAGCAACCCUACGAGCAGCAGUCAUCAGCGAGCAUUGUCCAAACUGGAUCCAGUUUUGGCUACAAUCAAGCUCAUUUUCAACCAGGCCAUGGUCCUCAGCAUGCAGUCAUGAUGCGACAAAAAUCUAUCGGUGUAACAGAGGAGGAGCGGCAGUACCUUCACCCACCUAUGAAGCUGGCCCGCAGCCUUUCUGUGCCAGGACCAGAAGAUAUCCCCCCACCCCCUAACACAUCUGCCCCAGAGCCACCUUUAUCUGCAGGGCCUUAUUCUGGCCGAGGCCCUGCAAUGCAAAUCCCCCCCACAUCUCAAGCGCACUACCAGUUCCACUCACAACCAGGGCAUCCUACUCAAGUUCCUUGGGAAAGGGGAGGACCUAGUGGGAUAAACCAGCAGACCAUGGUCCCCACGCUCCGCAGGCAAUCAGAUGGACUUUGCAUUAGAGAGCCUGAAGCACCUAGGAGAGGUGGUGGCAAGAUGGGAGGGCUGAGGCGAGGCUACAGCAGCGCUACACCACCAACAAGUGCAAAACCUAAGCCUCAACAGGCACAACAACAUCCUCCACAUUUGCCCAACCGGGAACAGGGUGGAGGGGCUGGAAGAGGAAUGGGAAGGCGGGGUGGUCGUGGAGCUUUGAUUAAGCAGUCUAAAGUGGAAGAUGGGCUAAGGCAACAUCGAGGAAAAGGAAGUGCAACUAAAGAGAAGAGCUCCAUACCCAUUCCCACCAUCAUUGUCAAAGCACCCUCCACUAGCAGCAGUGGUCGAAGCAGCCAAGGGAGUAGUAUGGAAGCUGAGCCAUCUCAGGAUGCAGAGGACCAAACCUCUAGAGAAGCAGCCUCUGACAACUCCAGUGCAAGUUUGCCUUCACCACUCACCUCCUCACCACCUCAGCCAUCCACAUCUACGUCCUUGCCUUCAUCAACUGUUGCCCCUUCUGUUUCUUCACAGCAAAACAUGGAUAAGUUGGAAUAUACACCAACAUUUGGUACAGCAUUUGGAGGAGGGCCACGCAAGGAAAGAGAACGUUUAAAAGAUAUAAGAAGAAAAAGUGCCUCUUUCUUCUUAUCAUCUGAGGAGGACAUCCAAGGGGAAGCAGGAGGUGGAACCGGAGAUGGGGGAGGAGUUUUAGGGGCACAAAUUCAGCCUUUACAAGGUUCACAAAUGGAAGUACCUACCCCUCGACUUCGCCCUUCCAAGUCCAUAGAUGAGGGCAUGUUUUCUGGAGAUUACCACAUGAACUAUUCCAGCAGCAUGCCCCCAGCGUUUGGACUUCCAGAGUACUCUUCUCCUAUACUCAGUCAGGAUGGACAGCCCAAGUCAGCUCCUUCAGUGUACGGUGCCCAGCCUGCCACUACUUUCAUUCACCCACUUACAGGGAAAGUUCUGGACCCCUCAUCCCCACUUGGCCUGGCCCUAGCUGCGAGAGAACGAGCCUUAAAAGAUGACCGCAGAACACGCAGAGAGGACAGACAGUUUGGUCGGCAGUUGUCUACAGUUGGAUCCUUUCCCACACCUGUUCAAACCCCAGCUCCUUCGCUUUUUGCAACCCCAACGCAAUCAGCAUACAAUUCUCCAGUUUCUCUUCACCUUAAUUCCCCGUCUACAACCACCUCACCUGCAUCUUUAAGUCGACCACAGUCACCAAGAAUUUUACGUUUGGGAGGAGGAGGUGGCGAAAGAAUAGAGAGAGAAAAGGAAGGAGGACCUCGAGAGGGUCUUAGAGUUCGUUUUUCGGAGGACAGAAACAGCCAGUUCUCAACUCAGUAUUACCCACAAAACACCAGAGAAAGAGAAAGGGAGAUGUAUGACAUCAAACCUGCACCACCUAUUCAGCCUCCUCCUCCCCCAGCUCAACCUGCUCCUCGCAGGCCUUCCUAUUUGCAGAUGGAAAACACUCCCAACACCAGCUAUAUUCCUCAGUACACUGUACCCACAGCACCAUCACAGAUAAAUGAUGGUAUGGGACAGCCAAGAGCUGGGGCAGGUGGUCUAGGACUAAUGGUUUUACCUCCACCAACUCCUUCAAUAGAUGCAGAUGAAGAGUUUGUUUUUGCAGAUCCCUUGCCCCCUCCUCUACAGUUUGCUAAUGGUAAGAAUGAAAGAAUGCAGGAUUUUCCUCAUCAUUAUCAGCUUCAUAGUCAUCACUCUGCUUCUGCUGCUUCACCACCCCCACCUUCUGUUUCACCUCCCAAGCCCUCAAAUGCUACCCAACCUACUUCGCAAGGUGGUGACUCUGCUGCCUCUAGCCUUACAUCCUAUGACAGCGAAGUGGCCAACCUUACACAAUCAGCUUUCUCACCAUCUUAUCCAUCAUCACAAAUAUUUAUCCCAUCUUCCACCAUGGACACUACUAGCUCAGUUGUUUCCCUGCCCAGCACAUCUGUACACAGACCCCAGCCCAUGUCCCUUUCCCACCCUUAUUACAGCAGCUCUAGUGAUCCCUUAGUAAGUGCUCAAGCUCCAACCCAGGAUAGAGGCACAGCCACUCUUACAACUACCAUGACCUAUGCUACAACUACUAUGACUGCAACCGCAGCUGCUACAACUACUACAACCUCUCUAGCAUCAUCUGAUUACAGUAUGACUGUAACAGGACACAAGGGUGGCCUCAGUACAGGGGGUAAAGUUGCUGACAUCUCUCAUCACACCAUAGUUGCAUCCAAGACUGGAGACUGGCAAGAUGGUGUGGUAGAUUCUGGAAUUGAGGAGCUGGACAGUCAUAGCAGUAGUGAUCACCAUUUAGAAAUGCUGGGAUUGAGUGGGUUGAGAAGAGACAAAGGAGGGGUUGGGGGAGAUAGAGGAAAAGGGGGUCAACAUCAGGAUCCUUGCACAACCUACUCAAGAGGGCAAGCAUUUGAGGUGCACUGCACCAAACUGGUAAACCCUGUGUUUCCAAAGAUGACGCAUUAUAAGGAGGUGGAAGGGAGGGGCCCAACUAUAGCACUACGUCGGCAAUGCAGCACCAACCCUGCACCUUUGCAGUUGCAGAAACAAAGCAACCCAGAAGAUGCUAGUUUAGGUAGAGCUCACAUGGAUGAAAAGAAGCACAAGCAGAGUCGAUCCAAAAUGGAUGACGGCUUUAGCUCCACCCUAGCUGCUUGCCUAGAGAGGCCCAUUGAGUCUCGUUCAUUAGUCUGGAGUGACAUUGGUGAACACGAGCAAGGUGAAGUUCAAAGUGGAAGUAUGGUUUUGGAAGGCCGCAGAAUUCCCUCCCCUUUCUCUGGUGUAAAAGCCAGCAUAAUCAAUGAGCUAAGUUCAAAGUUGCAACAGAUGGGUAGCAUGAGGAGCAUGGAUGAUUGGAGUCACUCACCAAAGUCACCUACCUUGCACAGAUAUUCAGCAGAUUAUACUGACGCCUUUCACAGCCCACCAACUGGCCGCUCCACUUCGCCACUACCCACCUCAUCUCCACAGCAUCGUCAAAUUCAGACACCCAACCUUUCUGCUACCCCUUCUGUCUCACCUUCUCCUCAAGUUCCAGUUCAGCGCAAUUGGACCAGAUCUCCUUCUCCACAGAUGCCUACCUCCCCGGUACAGUCACAUCCUCCCCAUUCUCCAACCUACUGCCCAUACCCAACAUCACCUAAGCACAGGUCUAAGAUGCGCAGGCAGACUUUUGAUUUUCAAUGCAGUCCCACUAAGGAGAUGCGAUCUUCAGUUGCCAGACGUCGGGCUCCCAGCCCUCUCAUCUAUAACACUGAACAGCCAAAUCCCACUCCUCCCAGACCCUCAUCUCUCCCUAUCCUUCCCUCUACACCUGCCUACAACAACCCCUUUGACUUUCCUGGACCCCUCACUCCUCCAUCCUCUGGCCUUCCUCUUGGAGAUCCUUACUAUGCUUCAACUCCUCCACUGUACUCUCCAAAUGCUGUGCAAAGUCCAAACCCCAUACUUUUCUCACACUCUCUCUCCCCCACUCAUUUUCUCUCUGGAGCCUCCACCCCUAUGCAUCUACCUCCCAGCCCUUCAUGUCUGAACUAUCCACAGCUCAGCCCUGCUCCACCAGCCAAACCAUUUGCCAUCAAACCUCUACCCUACUGGACCAAGUACGAUGUGGCCGACUGGUUGGCUUAUCUAAAUCUGGGUGAACACACAGAGCAUUUUAUAGACAAUGAGAUAGAUGGAUCUCAUCUGCCUUCACUUACAAAAGAUGACUUCUUGGAUCUGGGAGUUACACGUGUAGGACAUCGAAUGAACAUCGAGAGGGCCCUUAAGAAACUCACUGACAGGUGAGGGAGGACAAAAACAGGCUCUGGAGGAUGUUGUGGCAACUGGGUCAAAUGGUCCAAAAGGAAGCACUGGAUGGUGAAGGAAAGUCAAAGUGUCUCAUUACUUUCAUUCAAGUUAGCUCGACCGUACUCAUCUU